AUGGCUUCCACCCCCGAGACCACCUCCACACCAAAGGGUGAGCUCUCCCCCUCCCCACCUUCCCCAAGGUCCUCCCCCACGCGCGUGCUUCGCAUCACCUAACCCCCUGUCCUGCCUCUCCCGCCUCUCAAAGACUCCACGUCGACGCCGCCGUCCUCGACGUUCAGUCUCCACGGCCGCGCCCUCAAAUUCGAUGACCUCCCCUCGAUCGAACCCUACCUCACCCAAAUCUCGACCCACUCACCCCCCAUCACGACCCUCAUCCUCGGCGGCAACACCCUCGGCGUUCCCGCCUCCAUCGGACUCGCCUCCACGCUCGAGACCCAAAAAGAUCUCCAAACGGUCGACCUGAGUGACAUCUUCACCUCGAGGUUGAUCUCCGAGAUCCCGUUGGCGUUGAAGAGUUUGUGUACGAGUCUGUUGAAGGUCGACGGAUUGACCGAGUUGAACUUGAGUGAUAAUGCUUUUGGGGGCAGGUCCGCCGAACCCAUGUCAGUUCAGCCGUAAAGCUCGUCGCUCCCCAACCGGCCACCCCAUUCACUAAGGCAAUGUCCUGCAACAGGUUGGAGUUCAUCUCGACGCACCCCAACUUGCGCGUCCUCAAACUCAACAACAACGGGAUGGGACCCGCAGGCGGAGCCAUGAUCGCCGGCGCAUUGUUCGACAAUGCCGAGAACCACAACAAGCACAACCGACCGAGCACGUUGACGACCAUCAUCUGUGGUGAGUGCAGUAGAGCUCUCUUUCAGCUUUGGAGCUAGCCCUCUGACCAUUUCGAUCAGGCCGCAACCGACUCGAGAACGGCUCCUCUGCCGCGUUCGCCAAAGCCUUUGCCGCUCUCAAAUCCUUGAAGGAAGUUCGCAUGCCCCAAAAUGGAAUACGUAUGGAAGGCAUCGAAGCUAUCGUCGAAGGUUUGCGGGAGAACAAGGCUUUGGAGGUGUUGGAUUUGCAGGAUAAUACGGCGACGCAGAGGGGGUCCAAGGCGAUUGCGAGGAGUUUACCUUUGUACGUCCUUCCGAACCCCGCGAUCUCUUGAGCCGAACCGAAAACUGACCCCGCAUCUCUCUCUCUCUCUCUCUCUCUUGAUGGGGCUUUUAAAGCUGGCCCAAGCUACACACCCUCAACCUCUCGGACUGUCUGCUACGUCCCAAAGGCGCGCUUUCCAUCUUCACCACGCUCUCCACCGGUUCCAAUCCGCACUUGCGAUCGCUCAAACUCCAAUCCAACGAAAUGAACGCCGUCCCCAUACUCGAACUCGCGAGAGCGAUCGAGAGCCAUCUGGGUGAAUUGAACGAUUUGGAAUUGAAUGGGAAUUUGGGCGAGGAAGGGGAUGAGUGUUAUGAGAAGGUUAGGGAGGCCUUGGCCAAGUGGGGCAAUGAAGACGGUUUGGACGAGUUGGACGAGUUGGAGGAGGAGGAAGGGGAGGAGGAGGAGGAGGAAGACGGGGAGGAGGACGUGGAGAGUGAGAGCGGGGAGGGAGAGGAGAAGAAGGAGCAAGAGGAUAGUUUGGCGAACGAUUUGGCCAAUGCGUUCGCUAAAGUUCAUGUGGCGUAG